AUGCACGGCCGCGACUCUCCUGCCCGCUCAGGGCACCCGUCACAAGGCGACAGCUAUGGGCAGGAAUGGGCUCACGGCCUGUCGGUCCGCUUCGAGGGCAUGAUGCGCGACAAGCGCAUGAACGACCUUCGCUCUCUGAGCUUGCACGACCGGCCCUCGAACGUCUAUCGCGAGGCCUCACCAAGCAGCGAUCGCUUGCGCUCAUCCCACUCAUCGACGACGCCGCCCUCAUACUCAGCCUUGCGCCACCUCCCCAAGAUCCCAACGCCGCCCGCCGCUACCGACCGAGACUCACAAAAGUUUCGAAACCUCCUACUCAGCCUGUCACUCACACCCACGAAAUACGAGAACCCCGGUCUGCUGGAUGAGGCCCUCCAGACCAUCCCCCUUGAUCGCAUCUAUGGAGAGGCCGAGGAGGAGUGCCAGGUUCUGCAAGCUCAGGCAGAGAGUAUGGGCGAUGGUCGGAGGCCGGAAUGGGGAUACCAAGACUGUGUCAUCCGAGCUCUUCUUCGGUGGUUCCGGCGAUCAUUCUUCACAUGGGUCAACAACCCCCCAUGCCCAGUGUGCUUGUCACCCACAAUCGCCCAAGGCAUGACUGCACCAACUCCCGAGGAGAGAGCCUGCGCCGCGCUACGAGUCGAGCUCUAUCGCUGCUCUGCUGAGAGCUGCGGUGCCUAUGAGCGUUUUCCGCGGUACGGUGAUGUGUGGCGUCUGUUGCAGACCAGGAGAGGCCGCGUCGGAGAGUGGGCCAACUGCUUCAGCAUGCUCUGCCGCGCGGUAGGGGGCCGUGUCCGAUGGGUUUGGAACGCCGAAGACCACGUCUGGACAGAAGUCUACUCUGACCAUCAGAAGAGAUGGAUCCACGUCGACGCCUGCGAGGAAGCCUGGGACAACCCGCGCCUUUACACCGAGGGGUGGGGCAAGAAGAUGUCGUACUGCAUCGCCUUUUCAACUGAUGGUGCCACCGAUGUGACUCGGCGAUAUGUGCGCACAAACGAGGCCGCCAACGAGCGCAACCGAUGUCCUGAGGAAGUCAUGCUCUACAUUAUGCAGGAGAUCAAGCAUCUCCGCCGAGCGAACAAGUCCAAGGAAGAGCGUUUUCGCCUUGAAAAGGAAGACCAGCAAGAGGAUCAGGAGCUCCGGGGCUACGUCGUGGCAACUAUCGCUCAAGCGGUUACGGAUAUCAUUCCCGGAGCUUCCAGCUCUGCGGGCAACCGUGGCGGCAGCGGCAGCGGUACCGGACAGGACACAAAGUUACCAGCCGAGAACCCCUCCCGCCAGGCUGGAUCUACCGAAUGGCUGGCGGCCCAGCAGCGGCAACACGACCGGCAGUGCCAACCCCGUGAUCCCAGUCACAGACGGCAUCUGCCUUGA